GUCUCCGCCAUCCCGACAAUCUCAACAAAGGGUAAGAAAUUCUACGACUCGAACGGCGACCAAUUCUACCUCAAGGGUAUCGCAUACCAACGUACCCCCGAAGACCCCCUCCUCGACGCCAACCAAUGCGAACUCGACUUCGAACUCAUGGCCUCAAUCGGCACGAACGUAAUCCGCGUCUACCACGUUGAUCCCACGCAAUCCCAUACAGACUGUAUGUCCAUCCUCGAAAAAAACAAUAUCUACCUCCUGCUCGACCUCGAUACCUUCACCACCCAAAUCAACCAAUCUGAUCCUACGUGGACUGGAGCGCAGUAUGCAGGCUGGCAGAGCGUGAUGGACGAGUUUGCGCAGUAUGACAAUUUGUUGGGGUAUUUCAGUGGGAAUGAGGUUAUUACUACCGCGGAUGGGUCGCCGUCUGCGCCGUAUAUCAAGGCUUCGAUUCGUGAUGCGAAGGCGUACCUCAAGGAGAAGAGUUACCGUGAGGUCCCUGUCGGAUACGCCGCGGCCGACAUCGCCCAACUCCGUCCCAUGUUGCAGGAUUACCUCGCAUGCGACGACGUCGCCUCCUCCAACUCCUCCCUCGAUUUCUUCGGGCUGAAUAUCUACGAGUGGUGUCAAGCCUCAGACACAUUCACAACCUCCGGCUACUCCGCCCGUACCUCCGAAUUCGCGGACUACCCCAUCCCAGCAUUCUUCAGCGAGUUCGGGUGUAAUGUCGUACAACCGCGUACGUUCGCCGAUAUCCCCGUGCUGUAUGGGGAUGCGAUGACGGAUGUUUGGAGUGGGGGGCUGGUGUAUGAGUGGAUUCAGGAGACGAAUGAUUAUGGUUUGAUUUCGUAUCCCACGCCUGCGACGCCGUACGGGACAUACGGUUCCCCGACCCCGCUGAGCGAUUUCUAUGCUCUUUCGUCUCAGUGGGCGUCUAUCUCGCCUUCCUCGACGCCGAUUUUGUCAUACAGCCCCACUAUCACCUCUAUCGCUUGUCCGGCCUCGACGUCCGGGGCAUGGGAUGUCGACCCUUCUGCCUCCCUCCCC